GCCACCUCUGCAGCUGGGAGAGACCGAGGCUGAGCCAGGAUGGACGGGCCACACGUUGGCGCCUUCUCGGAGGAGCAGUUCCGGGCGGCCUGCGAAGAGCUGAAGCAGCCAGCGUUGACUGAGUCCGACUGGCAGCUGAUGGUGGAGACUUUGGGCAUCAGCAUCUUCCGACGGCUGGACAAGCAAUCUGGACUCUAUGAAUACAAAGUCUUAGGUGUUAUGGAGGACUGCCCACCUUCUCUACUGGUAGAUGUCUUCAUGGACUUAGAAUACCGAAAACAGUGGGACUCAUAUGUUAAAGAACUCUAUGGAAAAGAAUGUGAUGGAAAGACUGUGAUCUACUGGGAAGUGAAGUACCCCUUUCCCAUGUCCAACAGAGAUUAUGUCUAUAUCCGGCAGAAGCAAGAAAUGAAUUUAGAUGGGAACAAGAUCUAUGUGAUUCUGGCACAGAGCACAUCUGCAUCACAAUUUCCUGAGAAAUCAAGUGUGAUCCGAGUGCAGAGAUACAAGCAGAGCCUGGUGAUCCAAAGUGAUGGCAAGAAGGGAAGCAAAGUUUUCAUGCAUUACUUCGAUAACCCGGGUGGCCAAAUUCCGUCCUGGCUCAUUAACUGGGCAGCCAAGAGUGGAGUUCCUAACUUCUUGAAGGACUUGGAGAAAGCCUGUCAGAACUACCACAAAAGAGCUUCUAAGCAAGGAAAUUGAGAGCCAUAUAUUCAUGGAACGACAUCCUAAAAGGACCAUCCCUUCCUCUCCUCAUGUGAAGAAGCCUGUAUCCACCUCAGCACUUCAUCCCAUCCUAGUGUUUGCAGCUAAGCCCAGCUCACCUGCCUGGUUCCUGUCCCAUUCUCUGACCCCAGGACUGACUGCCUUAUUGAAUUUGGGUCAGAUCAGGGAAAUCUUUGCAUAUUUAUGUUUUAAAAGGCAAGUCUUGAACAGAGAAUACAAUCAUUCCAUUGUGCCAUUUCAGGGAUGGUUGGGUUGAGAAAUAAUAAGACAGACCCUAGCCAUCCAGCUCCUUCCCAGAAUGGGAUUUCUUAUGGUGUAGGAGAGGCCAUCAGAAGUGAUAUGGCAUUUUGAGUAGACAUUGAUUGUACACCAAGAUGUGAAGACUAGUGCAGGGGUACCCUUGCAUGUGCUUUUGGUGACUUGAUUUGAUUAAGAUUUAAGGUGUCCAUCCAUUGUGUCUCCCCCACCUCCUAUCUCCUAUCUGUGUCUCCCCAAACUCUGAUAUACAACAACUUUAAAAAAAAUAGCAAGCCUGGUUGAGAACAUAAUGUGGUAAUUGGUUCUCUGCAUGCAUGUCUAAGAUUUUCAUUCCCUUUUCCAUAUGGCACUGGAGAAAAGCUAUCCAUGCCUCACUAGCCAGGCAUUUUACUUGAAGUGGAGGCACCAUCUAGAUGACUGUGACACUCAGUGGUGUUGACAGUGCUACAUGUGGGGUUUAAUGAUAAAGUAUAUCUGUAUGCAGGAAGGCACAGUUCUCUUCAGACUGUUUGGACUGUCCCCUGUACUCAGGAAUUAUAUCUAAGUUGCCUACCUCUCCUACCACAAAAGGGUUCCCAGCAUUCUUUGCUUUUUUCCAAAACAGUGGUGAGGCAAUCUAUUCUGUGGCCAAAUGAAAAGCCUUGGUAAUCUCAGGGAAAAAAAAUAACCACUGUAGAUGAUAGUACCAAACUCUGAUUAAUAAUCUUAGAAAUUCAGGUUGUAAAGUCAAAAGUAAGCUACUUAAAAAUACAUAUAUUAAUUUAGGUGAUGUUUACAAUGUUAUUGUUUAUGGUCUUAUUUAGCCAUUGCACUCAACCACCACCAAAGUGCCCAGGACCCUCCACUAAUGUCCUUAGAUUAAUUCUAACCCACCUCUUCUUCCCACUCUCUCUCUGCUUGGUGAUAUUAGUUUUGUAAUUGAAAACUAGAGGUUUUUCAUCAUUCAAUAUGAUCUAUUCCUUUGUUUU